ACAGAAGGAGAGAAGCGAGAUGACGGCAAGAAUGACGGUGAUUGCAGCAAUGUUGGCUACUGCCCUCUUGGCUGUAGCUGGAGUAUCUGGCUUUCGAGCCACCAUAACAGCCAUCAUCGACGAGGAACUGGACCAAGACGCCGGAGAGGAGCAGCAACAGACUCAGCAGAAAUGCAGGCAGCAGAUUCAACAAAGGCCGCAGCAGCUCCAACAGUGUCAGCAGUUCUUGCAACAACAGAGCCAGGAGAGCCCUUACGAGCCCGUGCUCCUGAACCAAGAAGGGAAACAGCAGCAGCCACUCUGGCAGUGCUGCCAGCAGCUGAGGAACGUCGACGAGCAAUGCCGGUGUGAGGCCGUUAAGCAGGUUGUUCAGCAAUUGCAGCAAGGUGAGGGUCCCUAUGGCCAGCAGGGACCGCAGCAGCAACAACAAAUUCUUCAAAAGGCUAGACAGCUCCCCGGGAUAUGCAACCUUCAACCAAAGGAAUGCCAAAUUCAGCCACCGCAACCAUACCCCUACUACUAAAUCCGAAUCCUAAUCCUAAUUUCAUCUGCAAGAUGAAUAAUAAUAUGCCAUGCGAAUAAGCACAUGAUCCUGUAAAUCCCAAGAGGGAGUUUUGUAAUGUUAAACUUCAAAAGGCUAGACAACUUAUUGAUUACCUAUUUGCAUUCA